UCCACUUGCAUUUUGUCGGUAAGAGUUUCACAAUAUCCUUUUCUAAAACACCGAUCACAAGCCUUACCAGUAACAUUUCACAGUGAAUGAAAUGGUUAAUGGAGGACUCAGUCUGAGGGUCACUGCGCGUUUUCAUUGUACGUGAGUAUGUGCGGUGUGGACACAGCUGAACAGGUGAGCAAGAUUGGCGUGGCCAGCAGUCUGACACACAGCUAGACUAACAUUAAUUUAAUAAGGGCUUUUGGUAGUUAAAGAAUAAUGUGGUUAUUAGCAUGGCCGCAAAAUGAGGAACUUGAUUAUUUGUCCUUCAGACGCUUGUUUGAUAUUACAUGUUUACGCAUAUCUGAUGUUUUUAGACGGGUAAAUGAUUAAUAAAAAAUAAAAAAAAAACUUCCCCCUUUUAACACAGGGAGUCCAAACGCUGUGGAGGGAAACUGUUCCCAGUGUUUAAUUUGAUAGUGACAUCUUCGGGGUGUUGUCUAAAUAAAAGGAAGUGGUGUUGAACUGAGGCGUGCGGAAUGCAUGGGAGCAGACCGGAGGAUGCUGGAUCUGAACCAGCUGUCACCGACACAGACGCCCACCGCAGGAGGUCGUCCAGACAGGGCACCGUUGUGGAGCGACUCUCGAGGUAUGGCAUGCAAGUCAUGCCCAGUGCUUUCCAGCGUAGGUUGAGGCUGCAGAGGCAGCAGGACGUGUCUGACAGCUCCGCACCGGGAGCUCCGGAGAGAGGCUCGAUCACACCCGCUGAGCGUAAAAGGAUCCUUAAGGAGCUGGUUCUGGGUAGCUCCACUCACAGUGGGCUCAGCAGUGUGUUGACCUCCCAAACAACCAGCGUGUCUUUAGAGCAGGACACAAAGUGGGCUCUGGAUCCAAUGGAGCACGAUUGGAUGAUUGCUUCUGUGGAUGGAGACUAUGAAAUCAUACAAGGCUUCAUCAACCAGGACCCCCUUUUAUUAACCAAGAAGGAUUUCAUCAGCGGGUAUUCUGUCCUUCACUGGUUAGCCAAGAGGGGCCAGGACGAGACUCUGCUCAAACUUUUCCGUCACGCACAAAGCGAGGGGAUCCCAGUUAAUGUAAACAUGCGGGGCAGUGGUGGACUCACCCCUCUGCACGUCGCCUGCAUGCACAGUCACUACAUGGUCAUCAAGCUACUGGUCGGAGCUUUCAGCGCAGAUGUGGAUGCUAUGGACUAUAAUGGCAGGAGAGCCUGGCAGUAUCUGAGGGGAGACGCCCCGCCGGAGAUGAAGGAGCUGCUGGGGACAUGGGAUGAUGAUCACAGCGCUGGUUGGGCGCAAAACGUCAACAACAACUGCGCCACCAAUAUGAAUUUGACCUCGAGUGAUGAGGUGGAUAGUGGACACACAGCUGAGACGGGCUCCUUUGAAAGGACUAAGAGGGGGGGCAGCUGGAGAUUUGGGUCGUUCAAGAAGAUGCUACCGUUUUCAUUUUUUGGAAAUAAGAGCUGAGCUGUUUGACAGACUCCUCCAAAUACGUCAAAUGUGUGUUGUGUUUGGCAUUAAAAGCACCAGAAACACACUCCAUAUCAACACUACUUUCCAGGAAUCUCGAUUAUGAAAAGGGAAUAUGAGUACAUUUUUUAUUUUGCACUAAACCUAAUAAAAACACUC